CCCUAAAAGGACUCAUCGUGUGACAACCAGAAGAUUGAUUCGGUGCAAAUUGCAAGCAUUUUCAGUGGACCUCUUCCUCUUGAAGAUGAAAUAAACGGGAGAUUUUUUUUUGCUCCAUAUGAAACUGCCACCACCACAAUUGUAAAUCAACGUGGAAAAUAAAUAUCCAGAGUCCAGAAUCCAGAUAACGCAGCACCCACGUGGCAAAAUUACAGUACCACAGGCAAAAAUCUUCGAACCCCACUCUUCUUCUUCUCUCCAUAUCAGCCACAUCUUCUCAUGAACCGCUAGAUUUCUCUCAAUAACACGAAAAUCAAUCAAUGGCUGAUCAGUUUUAUCAGAAUUUCACUUAUAAUAUUGGCUAUGAAAUGAAUAUCUGAAAAUACCCAUUUGUAAUGGCUCUACCCCAACUCAUUCCUUCUCCCACUUCUUCAUCUUUCCCGGCUCAGUCUCACCACCAACCUGCUUUAAACCCUAACCCCACAUUAAACCCUAAUAAAUCUUUCGGUUUUUUCUCUAAUUCUUCUUCCACCCUUUGUCACCGCCGUAGAAGACCUAAUUUUCUUCGGUGCUUAGCUUCUUCUUUCCCUGAAAAGCACCACACUAACCCACCAAAAUCUGAUGACGAUGUUGAGCUCCCGCUCUUCCCGCUUCCACUUGUCCUCUUCCCUGGAGCCAUUCUUCCUCUUCAGAUCUUCGAGUUCCGUUAUCGCAUUAUGAUGCACACCCUCCUCCAAACCGACCUCCGCUUCGGUGUCAUCUACUCCGACGCUGUUUCGGGAACCGCUGAAGUUGGGUGUGUGGGAGAAAUCGUCAAGCACGAACGGCUUGUAGACGAUCGGUUUUUUCUCAUUUGCAAAGGGCAGGAAAGAUUCCGUGUUACGAGUAUUGUCCGUACGAAGCCAUAUCUUGUUGCGGAGGUGACGUGGCUGGAGGACAGACCGUCUGGCGAGGAAGACUUGGACGCCUUGGCCAGUGACGUGGAGGGUUAUAUGAAGGAUGUGAUUCGUUUAUCCAAUCGAUUAAACGGGAAGCCUGAAAAAGAGGUUGUGGAUCUGCGGAGGAAUCUAUUUCCGACGCCGUUUUCGUUUUUCGUCGGGAGCACUUUUGAAGGUGCGCCCAGAGAGCAACAAGCGUUGCUGGAAUUGGAAGAUACAGCGGCCAGGCUUAAGAGAGAGAAGGAAACUUUAAGGAACACGCUUAAUUACUUGACUGCUGCUUCAGCUGUUAAAGAUGUGUUUCCUUCUUCAAGUUAAUAGGUAUUUGAAUGCUUACUCUUGCUGCUCUGUUGCUUCAUAUAUACACAAACAAGUUGUAAAUUUUGUUGUGUAAUCUGAUUUCUUCAUUUAGACUGGUUGAAACUAGCUGGCAAUCGAUAAUCGAUAUAUGGGUUGUUAUUUUUUUUA